CAUUUAGUCUCUCCUUCGUAUUUUACUUCGUGUCGUCGUCGCUUUUGUGAACAAAAAAAUACGAGAAAAAGUUAAAAGCAACGAAAUUUUGCUUCAGCAUUUUGAGCAAAAUUUCAACAAACAAGUGCAGCAAAUAGCUAGCAACUCACUGCAUACAUAUUUUUCAAUCCCCCUUCGUUAACAAAAGCCGUCAAAAUUGAGUCGACAAAGAUUGACGAGACUUUUCCUCCAUCAACUGCUAUGGAGGAUAAAGCAACAACAAAAGAUCUAGAUCAAUGGAUUGAGCAGUUAAAUGAAUGCAAUCAAUUGACAGAAACACAAGUUCGCACUCUCUGCGAUAAGGCUAAGGAAAUCCUUUCAAAGGAAUCCAAUGUGCAGGAGGUCAAAUGCCCCGUCACAGUCUGUGGAGAUGUGCACGGCCAGUUUCACGAUCUUAUGGAACUGUUCAGGAUAGGCGGAAAAUCUCCCGAUACAAAUUAUUUAUUUAUGGGCGACUAUGUGGAUCGUGGAUAUUAUUCUGUAGAAACGGUCACACUGCUCGUAUCGCUUAAGGUUCGUUAUCGUGAGCGCAUUACCAUAUUGCGCGGCAACCACGAAUCAAGGCAGAUAACACAGGUGUAUGGCUUCUACGAUGAAUGCCUGCGAAAGUAUGGAAAUGCGAAUGUGUGGAAGUAUUUUACCGAUUUGUUUGACUACUUGCCCCUAACGGCAUUGGUCGAUGGCCAAAUCUUUUGCCUGCAUGGCGGCCUCAGUCCGUCGAUUGAUAGCUUGGAUCAUAUACGGGCCUUGGAUCGUCUGCAGGAGGUGCCCCACGAGGGACCAAUGUGCGAUUUGCUCUGGUCCGAUCCCGAUGAUAGGGGCGGCUGGGGCAUUUCGCCACGUGGAGCGGGCUAUACCUUUGGACAGGAUAUAUCGGAAACGUUCAACAACACAAACGGCCUCACCUUGGUCUCGCGUGCUCAUCAGCUGGUGAUGGAGGGCUAUAACUGGUGUCACGAUCGCAACGUUGUCACAAUAUUCUCGGCGCCCAAUUAUUGCUAUAGAUGCGGUAAUCAGGCGGCACUCAUGGAACUGGAUGAUUCACUUAAAUUUUCAUUCCUACAAUUUGAUCCCGCACCGAGACGCGGUGAGCCACACGUAACGCGAAGAACACCAGAUUAUUUCCUUUAAGCUGUUUUUGUGCGCGGCACCAAAAUUGCAGCUUACCAACAUUUACACAUCUUAUUACACCGCAUUAUAACAAAAAAAAAAAAAG